AUGGCGGAGCCGCAGCAGCGGGCCGCGCCGGGGCCGGGCCCGGGGCCGGGGCCGGGGGAGGCCAAGCGGCCGGAGGCGGGCGAGGACUGGUGCGACAGCGGCCUGGGCUCCCUGAGCGAGGGGCAGCUCAGCCAGAUCCAGGAUGGCCUGGGGGCCCCCCAGGAGAAGCCCCCGCACCCCCCUACUGCCGUCACCGUGACCUCUGACCCCUGCCCCGGGGGUCGCCCUGUGACCUCUGACCCCAGUGGCCCCAAGACCCCCGACUCCUGCGGGUCGGGCUCCGAGCGCCUGGACUCUGCCCUGGGCGAGGACGAAGCCGGCUGGGGGGCGGCCGUGGGGCAGGCGGUGGGGGCGAUCACCCAGGGCGUGGAGGCCGUGCGGCUCGGGGACCCCGCGCCCCGGGCUGGGGAGACGCCCGCGGUGGCCCCCGAGGCCUGGCUGCACCACGUCCUGGGCUUCGUGACCGAGGACGGGGAUACAGCCCUCCACUUGGCUGUGAUUCAUGAGCAUGAGGCCUUUCUGGAUUCUAUCCUGCAGUACACGGCUGGGACGGAAUACUUGGAUCUGCAGAACGACCUGGGCCAGACGGCACUGCAUAUUGCAGUCAUCCUCGGCGCCUCCAACUUUGUCCGCAAGCUGAUGGCAGCCGGGGCGGGGCUCUGCGUGCAGGAGAAAGCUGGCCACACAGCGCUGCACCUGGCAUGCCGGGAGGGCUGGCGGGACUGCGCACAGUGGCUCCUGGCAGCGCUGAGCGGGCACAGGCCCGGCGAGGGGAAUGACGCCUGCGCUCAGUUGGACUGCACCAAUUAUGAUGGUUACACGCCGCUGCACGUGGCUGUCCUGCGGAAGGACCUCGAAGUGGUCAAGCUCCUUGUGGGUGCCGGAGCCGAUCUCAACAAGGCGGAGCUGAGCUGCGGGCGGAGUCCCCUCCACUUGGCAGUGGAGUCGCAGAGCCCGGAAGUGGUGGAGUGCCUGCUGCGCGCCGGUGCAGACCCGAGGGCCCGGAUGUAUGUCGGUUACACCCCCAUCUAUAGCGCCGUGCACAGGCCCAGCCAAAAGAUCUUGCAGCUGCUCCGGGAGUUUGGCUCGGAGGAGCCCGACUGGGACUCGGAGGAGAGCCUGGCUGACAGCAGCGACGAGGAAUACGACGACAUCGUCAUCAACAGUGGACACUAUAAGAACUGAUGGGGCUGGGACGGCAUCGCCUGCAGCGUGAGCCGUUCCCCAUCUCCAUAAAAGACUCGCGUCCUGCCCUGCCGCUGUGGGAAUAAAUUUGGCAGUGGCGCAAUCUCUCCGUUCCCAGCUAGUUCCAACUAUUUAUCCAAAAGCUGCAGUCUCUGGCUGUUACUUGGAACCAGUCGCCAAAAUUCACCAGAGCUUUGAUCUAAUCCGUUUAUUUCCCCUCUCACUUGUUCGUUUUCCUCUGUGUUUCUUAGUUUAGUCAGUUUAUAUCGAGUUAUUUUGAUUACGUUAAAAUGUUUAAAAAUGGUAUUUCGGCACCUGCUGCUCUUUGCAGUCGCAGCUGGGAUGGAUUGUCGGCAGGAUUUCUCUGCUCGCUGUAUCCUUUGCCCUGUCGAGCCUCCGGUCAUUUGCUUUUGAAGUGGGAGCGUCAUCCCUACCCGUGCAAGGGGUCUUGCUGGAGUCCACGGAUGCUGGUUGCAUAACCAAGCAAUUCGGGUCAGUGGGGAGCCGCACAAAACGUGGUGCGUGCCUGGCUGGCUUUUAGCUGCCUUUCAGACACCUUGGGCCUGUUUGCUUUUAUCUUGAGAAGCAGGGAGCACCGCCUUACUCCAGUUGGAUUUAGUACUUGGGGCCGGAUUCUUUUUAGCUGCUUCCUAACUGAGGCGGAUGGAUUUUCACGAGCGCCGUGCAGCCCUGGUCUCCUCCCCCGGCUGUAAGGACGAGGGCGGGUGAGUGCUCUUGAAAAUCUGGGCCUCUGCUAGCAUUUAGGAUCCAACGGCCAGACAGGGC